GGUUAUUUACGUCAUGGCCAAGAUGGCGGCCUCCAUGGUGGAGAGUGGAGAAGACGUAUUUCGAAAAAUAUUCAAGUUUUACAAGAGAAGACACCCUCCGCCAGAUUUCAGCGAUGUCAUCGACUUCUCCAGAGGUGUAAAGCAUGACAAGGUAGUUCAAGCUAAGUUGGACCCUGCAGUGGUGAGUGAUGUGGACGCUGCCAGGGUUGGAUUACAGCCUGUCAGAGACUGGAGAGCCUUUGGCCUGCAGGGCUACCCAGGGUUCAUCUUCAUCUCCAACCCAUUCCUGCUGGGCUCCCAACCCUUCUGGGUCAGACAGUGUCUGAAGACCUACCCUCAGAAGCCCAACAUCUGUAACCUGGAUAUGCACAUGUCUCCCUCUGAGACCCAGGACAUCUGGGGCAAGAGCUUACAUGGGCUUAGUAGUCCUCCAUCUGGAAAGAGAGAACCAAAGACUCUACUGGAGAGGCUGCGCUGGGUCACUCUGGGAUAUCAUUACAACUGGGAUACCAAGACUUACUCUGCCAACCAAUACACUCCUUUCCCAGCUGAUCUCACCUUGCUGUCCGUCCAAAUAACAGCCGCCUGUGGGUUUCCAGGGUUCAACGCGGAGGCUGGAAUUCUCAACUACUACCGUUCUGAUUCCUCUCUAGGAAUCCAUGUGGACGAAUCAGAACUAGAUCAUAGCCGACCCCUGCUGUCAUUCAGUUUUGGGCAGUCAGCCAUCUUUCUCCUGGGAGGCACACGUAGACAGGACCCCCCUACUGCUAUGUACAUGCACAGUGGGGAUGUGAUGGUGAUGUCGGGACAGAGCCGCCUCCUUUACCACGCUGUCCCGCGUAUCGUCCCAGCACCACAAGGACAUGCCCCUUUAAAGAUGGACGGCUGCAACCCAGCAUUAUCCCUGCAGGACAGCACUGUGGUGGAGCAGAUAUCAGAGCAAGACUGGGCGGUGUGUUCCAAGUACAUCCAGAGUUCCAGAGUGAAUAUGACUGUCAGACAGGUGCUGGGGCCUGGGCAAAGCUUCCCAGAAGAACCCUCUCAUCACAAAAAGACUGAUGCAGGCCGGACAGUUACGUACCAUGAUGAACCUGCAGACGAGGAGAGCGGGAAGAUGAAGAGAAGUAGGUGUGACUGUUGAUGCAGUAGAGACGUGAUGUACUUGUCACUUUGUUUUUAAAAAAAAAACACUGAUGUGCUCAUGAUAGGUAGGCCUGCCCUGGUCAAUAACAGUUGUUCAUAUAAGGCUGUCUGCUUACUAAGAACAUGAAGGUCUACCCACCUA